CGAGAUUUAAAAGUCCUGCAAAAUACUCCCAUGCGUAAGUCUAGACAUAGUAGACACGGAAUUUAGUGGCGUUGACCACCCAAAAUAGUGCCAUUUUUAGACGUUUACUGCUGACGUUUACAGAGGCUUCAAAUAGCUUCCGUUUUACACUGGUAGUGAUUGGACCCCGUGAGCUAACAUAUUGGUUGAACUAGUCCGACAUUCUACACUUCAAUGGAGGAACAGCCCAGAGAUCGGGCACAAGAAAGGCAAUAUCACCACCACGGAGAGGACAGACGCUCGACUCAACAUACAACUAGUCUAAAACAUGAUCAGAGCCACUUCCAGCGCCAGCAUCAGGAAACGCAGACGAAGAAAACAGGUUGGGCCAUCCGCAAAAGCAGUACAAAAGUAAACAUCUGUGAGGAGGAGGGGGAGAAGAAUCCACAUCUGUCUGAUACUGUUGGCAUGUCGUACCCCCCCAACAGCAAUUGUAACAGACACACAAGUAAUGCAAAUGUGAAGCAGAAAUCAACGCAAAAGCUGUACACGACUGUUCCAAAAGUGAGCGGCAAAGGCUUGGACUUUAAGAAGAAUAUGGACCUUAAACAUGACAAGGACAAGGCUCUGGAUUUGAACCAUCACGAGGGCCAACCUAUGGAUAAGAAAGACGCUGUGUUGCUUCAAAAUGGCGUCGUAAACUGUGGCUUAAUUACAAAUGGCUAUUCUAGCAAGGACAAUGAUGGCAGCGGCUCCGAAGGUGGAUAUACUACUCCGAAGAAACGCAAGGCCAGAUGUAACAGCGCCAAGAACACUGAUAAUGUGAUAAGAGACAAAGAGAGAGACAUGCAGCAAGAGCAUGGGGCUUUUAAUCUUGAGACAGCUGAGAAGGGAGUGACUUCUAGACUCGAUGGCUUUAGAGCCGCCCAUAAAGUAGACGCUCAGUCAGCAGGUCGACGGGCUGUUGUGUCAGACGCUUCGAUGGGUGAAUCUCAGAGGAAGAACUCCUUUGGUAAAAAGACUGAGGAAAGGCACAAAGCCAAGCUUUCCUCAAAUUCAAAAGAGGACUCGUGGACUUUGUUCAAGCCCCCGCCAGUAUUUCCUGUGGACAAUAGCAGUGCAAAAAUUGUUCCCAAGAUCAGUUAUGCAAGUAAAGUAAAAGAGAACCUCAACAAAGUAGCUCAAGGUGGAGGAGAGGCACUGCCUCCUCCUGUCAGACUGUCACAGGUCCCCAUGUCUGCUAUGAAAACUAUCACCUCAGCUAGCUUUACUAAUGGCCCCGUUUCUGGAACCGGUAACGGCUGCCCGUCAGUGGGUACCUUCUUUGCUCCUGCUGCUAGUAGUAUUCCACCAGCCCCGUCUUUCCCAAGUGGCGAGAAUGUAGCAUCUCCUGUGGAAAGUAACUGUAGCUCCACAACCAGUCCUGUAGAUGGAGACGGAUACGAGCUUAGAAAAACUCUUUUAAUUUACCCUUUAAAUAUGCAACCUGUGCUCCCUAGUGCUCGUCACCUUGACCCACCGGCGGCUCAGACAAAUCAGAAAGCCUUGGGGGAUAUCUUCCAGAAUCAGUGGGGGCUUUCCUUCAUAAAUGAGCCCAACUUGGGGCCAGAAGGAGGAGGUGGCAAGGUGCCUGCGGAGGACAAGACCACUGCGGUCGCACCUCAAAGCGAGUGUCAUUCUCUUGCUGCCAAGGCCGCCCAGCCCUGCUUUGAUGUUGGCCCAUCAUUCUUCGAGCUUGGCACUUUAGCUCAAGACCCAGAGAAAAGGACUUGUGCCCCCUGCAAUGUGUCUGAUGCUUGUUCUCCGAGUGAGGAGGAGAUCAAGCUGCAGCCACGUGGCCAGGAAAAGACGAAAGCUGAGGCCAAGGGUGCAGGUUCUGCUGUGUUGGCUUCCAGUAAAGACAACGGUGCUAAGCCAGCACAGGGCCAGCUAACCACUGUGUCGUUUGGCUCCUCCAAACAACCGGCCCACUCUAAAGACAUUGGCAGGAGGUGUAGCUGGGGGUCCUUUGAUAUUAAAGCUGCUGUCACUUAUCACACUAAAGAAAUGGAAUUCAUUUUCAACUUGCAAAAACAAGAUCCAAAAAGAGUAGUGGUUUAUGAUGAGACCAAGGAUGGACCUGAUCAGUGAGAGGUAGAUGGUCUACAGUACUCACCCUCUUCUCUUCUAUGUGCUGCGAUUAUCUACCUUGGGAAUCAUAAAUCCUGUUGGACAGAUAAAGAGACAACUGUGAAAACAUUGAUAGUUUAGCAUGACAGAUUUUCCUUGGAACCUCCGGCGAACUAACAGACUUCUUUGGGGGGGGCAUCAGACAAACACGCAGACACUCUGGAGGGACGUAAAACGGAGGCGACCGGUGCCUCUCCAACACGAUAAAUGCAACUUUGGAGCUGUGCUAGCUGUUUGUCUCAUGGCUCUUUAAGGAGGAUGUUCGGGAGUUCAACAAAGGAAGGUGUCAUGGAUUGCACCUCCCUAAGCCUUUAUCCUGUUGAACUGUGGCAGCCGUCGGUCUGACUAUGGGACGCCUCAGUCAUUUUCUUUCUUCACGCAUUCAAAUGAGUUCAUUGUAGAUAUGUUAGACGUUAUACAUGCACGGUUGUGUGCGAGCUUGAGUUAAUUGUGGAAGAAAGGAGGAGCACACUUUGCAAAGAAUACCUUGAAUUUGUGGUCAAGUUCUUUGGAGUUAAACUGUAAGUUAAGUGGAAGCUCAUAGGUGAGGCCCCAUCCAGGAAGGGAGAUCCUUGUCUUAGUCCUUUUUUUUUGUUGUAGGGGAAAUCAGAGCCCAGAACUGAAACGCUUGCUUCUUCUUUUUAUACCAUUUUGUCUGCCCUAACGUGAAUGUUAUCUGCACUGCAGUAUGAUCCCAGAGCACAGGUACAGAAGUGCCCAAUUCGAAGGAAAGCUCCACCCCUUCAUUUCAAUGUUUAUUACAUGCGUGCUAAAGAUUUUUUAAAUUGGGUCCGUUAAAGGCCAAAUCUUUUCAUCUUACGGCUUUUCAUCCAUGUCAUGCAGAUCAUUAUGAUGUCACUGAAGAGUAUUCUUAAAUUCAGAUUCAUACACGUAUAUACCUUCUAAUAUAAGAGUCCUUGAGUUGAGGAAUCGACGGAGCGAGAGGCAUUUCUACCAAUAAGGUCUGCUGCGUUCUGUGCUAUUUGUUCAGCAGCAAGACUCAGGAUGUCCAUACACAUUAUUUUGCUUGCUUUUUUUCUUUCUAUGUAAAAACUGUUAAACCCCUCAUGUCAGAAACAUGUUGCAUUUUACGACUGAUUUAAAAGAUUAUUUUUGGUCUGUUUUUAUGGCAUUGUUUUGCAUGUUUACUGGUGGAAAUGAAUGAGUCAGGGGUCGCUGUUCAUCGCCAUACAAAGAUAACAGCAACACAACAAUACUUGCAAUACUAAUCUAGGUUCCCCGUCAAACCGUGUUGAAAUGUGAAGACGAGUUGUACUCUUAUGUUUUUACUGUUAACAUUUGCAAACCAGUGUGCAAUAACACCGUGUGAAAUGGGUUCUAUGGAGCUACAGCAUCAUCACCCAAGAUGCUGGUGGGGUUUGUUAAACAAUGUUCAAGAUGCGUUUUUUCAGUUUGUUGCACAAAAUCCUUAAGUCAAUUUUGCUAAUGAGCUCACGUUGAAAGAUCUAAUUAAGUCUAGGAGCCCACAUUCGCUAACUGAUAACUGGCCAGCUGUGACAUCGCUUUCAUCACCAUCUCCAAAU